CUGCAUCAGAUACUUGACUUACUUUAAGUGGGGUAUUGCUGCUCUUUCUAGACAUUUUUUUUCCAGACAUUGAUUUUUAAUAAUGAUAAUAAUAAUAAUAAUACAAAUAUAUAGUAAUUAUAUCAGUAAAUGGUAAGAAUUUAGUGUAAAUUAACUGACUGCUCAGUCUCACCAUCAGGUUAGUUCAAUAGUCACGAGAUGUUUAAGACCAGGACGAACAAAAAUAUUGAUGUCCAAAACCUACCGUGGGCACCUGAACGCAUCACUUCCACACGGAGGCUUCCACAUGUAUUUGCGCAGGACGAGCUCCCCCAAGCGGACAAACGGGGACUCGCAGGAGCGCGAUUGUUUUUCAGCGCACGGACACGAGAAGCGUCACGUGUCGAACACACCGCCCCGAUGAGUGGCCGUGACACCGUGGUGGUUACAGGGUUCGGACCUUUCAGACAGUUUCUCGUGAACCCGAGCUGGAGAGCCGCCCAGGGGUUGAAGUUGAUCGGACUGGGAGAGCGGAUUGAUGUUUGCAUCAAGGAGUUACCAGUGAGCUAUGUUCAGACUCAGCGAGUCAUUGCUGAGAUUUGGCAAACUCUCCACCCGAAGUUUGUUGUACAUCUGGGCAUAGCCAGAGGCUCCAGCGUCGUCACGUUGGAGCAAACGGGGAAGAACAGAGGCUACAGAGACAAAGACGUGCGCGGGCACUGUCCCGUAAGUCACUGCUGCGUGGACGAAGCACCAGAGGAACUCUGCUCAGUCAUUGACAUGAGGGCUGUUUCCAAACAGCUCAAAGAAGAAGCAGGGAUGGAUGUUGUUUAUUCAAGAGACGCUGGCAGAUACCUGUGCGAUUUUGCGUAUUACUGCUCACUGUACCACGGGCAGGGGAGGGCGGCCCUCAUCCACAUACCCACGUCUGGUGGCCUGGCCUCAGCUGACCGACUGGUACCUCUGCUGCAGACCCUCAUCCGGACCAUGCUGCCAGCCGACCGACCUGUCGGCGACAUGAAGAGGUGACGACAGCAGAUUCAUUAAAAAGGAUAUUUCACAGCAGUCAAACGGACACCACGCCGUGAAACACGAGAGGCUUCAGGGGCAAUGAAGCAGAACAAGCAUUCACAAGUUCUCAUUCAUUUAUUUAUUCAAAAUUUCAGGAGAAAAAAAAAGAAAGUACAAGAAAUUCUCAAGAUACACAUUUGGAGACGGCAUGUCCAAAAAAAACAACAAAAAAAACACCAUCUCAGCUAUAGGCGUGAAAAAACUUUUUGAGGCCUCAGAUACAGAGUUUGAAAGAAGACAGUCUAGUGGAGGUUUUGGAUUAUUUCUUUUCCCCAAUCAGGCAAUGAACACACAGAUCUUGUGAAAGCGCUAUAGUAAAAUAAUAUUAGUAGACCAAGGCCCCCUCAGACGCUAUAGGAAUGCAAAUCAUGAAAAGAGAGGCAUGAUAAUGAUAAACCUCAAACCUAUUAUUGCAGUUUGAACGCACUGACGCAUUCCUCCAUGAACCUGAGGUUUGCAUAAGAACAUUCUGAAGAUUUCGACUGACAGAUGAAUAUCUUAACUAGCUCGUGACUGUAUAUUUGCACUGGAAAUCUGCUGCUAGUGUGAAGCUGUAAACUAAGGCCUAUCGAGUUUUUUUUAGUUUUUCCCCCCCUAAUCCUGUUGUUUACCAUAUCUACCCGUAAUCUAUGCAACAUCCCCGUCCUAUCAUUUGUCCACGUGUUUGAUUGAAACGUUUGUGACAGGUUUGUGAUCUAAUGGUCACCAGUAAUUCAACAGUGACUCACCUCAUGACAGGUCAAUGUAAUGUCUACCCUCAGAAUUGAAAAGUGGAAAGAUAUAUAUAUACGUAUAUAUAAGAGAUGUAUUCAUAUUUUACCAUUACACACUGUACAUCCAAACUGGAAAGGAAGAAAAACACGUAAAUGUUCAGUUCCUACACAAGAUCUUUGGUUGCCAGUGGUGAUUUCUGUACCAGAUGUAAUGUUCCGCAGCAGUCAGACUUGUUUUUUUUCAACAAAAAGAAUUUGAACUCAUGCACAGAUUAAAUGCUCGAGGAGAAAACCAAGGUUUAGCAACCACAUUUCACAUUAGUUACCCAGUGGCCUUUUUCAUAAUACCAUUGUUUUUUAUUGCUUUUUGGGUAUUAUCUUCGACACAGAUUCUUUUCAAAUGAUUUUGUCUCCAGCUCUUUCAACACGUGUCCACUGUGAGUGAAAAAGAAAAGAAACGACGACUGAGGUUUUAAGUGAAGCUUGGAGAUGUAAAAGCUCCGCUGUCACCAUUACAAGAAACAUUUGGGAUGUCGGCAUAAGAUCCACAGAGGUGACUGUUCGAACCAGCAGCAUAACUAUAAGUAGCAGUACAACAGGCCAGGGGGGAAAAAAGCUGCGUUAAGUUUAAUUCCAAGUGAUCGGACAAGCCCCCCCAAAAAUGGUCAAUGCGAUAUUCACUCUGAUGACGGUGGAAGUGAGCACUAGAGCUGGAACGCCUUGACAUUCAGCAGGUAGACCUGGGCAGGGGAAAAAGGGGCUAAAAGAAUAAAACUUAUAAUCUCAGGGACAAGAACAAAGAUUCCUCUGCUGCUUGGAUUCCAGCACUGACCGGCAAACAAAGUUGUUCACCACACGUAGGAUGCGGAGUUGCUUCUGUCUCCAUAAAGGUUUUGUGUAUAAUGUACAGAAAUAUCUUUGUUACAUUCACAGUACUGAUCCAUACGCACGACUAAAUGUAUUUUAUGACAGCGGGAUCUGGAUGUUGGGGAGAAACUAAAGUUGGAGUUGUGUGGUGGCUGAACAGCAAAUAGAGUUUCCCUUUUUUCUUUCAAAUAUUCCUCAUGACGACUGUUUCGACUUCUGUAUAACUGUACUUAAUGAGGAUCUGUGUCUUUCGAGGACUUGAGGUCGUGACCGUACGUGUGGAGAUGGAAUGUGUGAUGGCGACGCCGUGCCCCCGGCCGCUCGUAUGAUCGUACACCUUACACCGUCACGUAAACCACACAGUCAAAUGAGAGUGUAGGUUUACAUAAUUGUAUAAUAUUUUCCUCAUAAAUACCCAACAACAGUUGUAUUGACCAAGUCUUUUCCCGUGUAUGCUCAGAGGUAUAAGAUGUACUUUACGUAAACCACUGGGCGAGAAAUUGGU